GUGAUUUUGAGCCGUAAGUCAUAAGUCACCCACUAAGUGAACAUCGGCAAACAUCAUGCAGGUCAUAACUGUGGUCUUUGCGAUUUCUCUCCUGUUCUGGAGUCACGUUGUCGGUGAGGAUUCUCCUGUUGCUAAACAAGCAGAACGUCGUGAUACUGACUUGUAUGCCGUUUCGAAUUAUGACAAAACUAACCUGUAUGGAGAGUAUGACAAAGAGGACGAAUGCUGGACAGAUGGACCUACUAACCCUGAGCUACCAGUUGGAGACGAGUGUCAAAGCGCGGCUGUGAAGCUGAAGAUUGAGUAUCUUUUGAGAAAGAAUCCAGCUGUUAAUGAGGAAAUCAAAGAGAAAUAUCUUCACUGCGCAAACACCUACUACACUCCAUAUGGGCUGGAUAAUGUUUGUCCCAGCGAGGUCACCUUUCCUACGACAGUUGAAAUAUAUGGCAAGACCUGUUACAUCGUCAAGCCAGAAAAGCAAUGUCUGACCUACGUGAAAUGUGACGACGCACCGGGCUGCUCUGGUUCAACGACAGAAGAAAGCAAGUGUUUGAUGUCUUACUUCCGUGACUUCAAUGCAUGGGUUUAUUGCGAGAAUUGUGGAUUUACGAUGGUCAAGCUAAGACUUCCACAAUGCUGCACAUGUAACAAGUAUGAAGAAUGUGAAUAGUAAAAAACCAUUUGAUGAUUGCACCGGUAUGGUUUAAAUAAAUUGAAUCCAAU